AUGGCUUCGCACCCCCACCAUCACCCAUCCUCCCACAGCGGCUACCAGCACUUCUGCCGCUCCGACCCCUUCUUGUCCCAGCUCAUGGGCUUCUCCUACUCCACCUUCAAGGUGGGGCCCAUCACCCUGGAGCCCACAGACGACGGCAUGGCCGGGGUGGCCACCGUCCUCAUCCAGCUGCCGGGGGGCAUCCUGGCCCCUAAUCGCACCUGCCUGGGGUCCGCCCUGGUCACACUACGGCAAAACCUCCAGGAGUACUGUGGUCACGGCAUUUGA